AUGGAUCCACCUGCCAGCAGCUGUAUGAGAAGCGCCCACUCGACUAGCACCACGUUCUGGGAAUGCCUGCGGAGCCACCACCCGGAGGCCGGGACAGCCACUGGGCCGCACCACUACCCACAAGCCCCCUUUUCCUUCCACCCCAAACCAGACUUCGGUGCUUAUGUGGACUUUUCCACCUCCUGCCUGGCUGCUGCCCCCCAAAGCCUUCCCCGGGAGGAGCGAGCUUUUGAUGAGCAUCACCCCGCUUUCCAGCAUCCCGCCACCUGGCACUUCACCGCAUCCGAGGGCAGGCGGCGGCUCCCUGCUGUUUUUUUGGGGUGGGGAGAACCAGAGAACGGCAGCCCCCACUUGGUGGAUUCUGCUGUGGGUACCAGCGAAGAUUAUGGCCUGGUGAGGAAUACUUCAAGGGACGCGGAGAAGAAAUCCUGCAGGAGGAAAAAGGGCAAUGCAGAAAGCCAGAACACAGGCAGUAGUGGGAGCACCACAAAAGCAGAAGCCAGCAGCUCCAAAGCACGGAAAGAGCGCACGGCCUUCACCAAGGAACAGCUGCGGGAGCUGGAGGCGGAAUUCGCACACCACAACUAUCUGACGCGGCUCCGGAGAUAUGAGAUCGCGGUGAACCUGGACUUGACUGAAAGACAGGUGAAAGUGUGGUUUCAGAACCGCCGGAUGAAAUGGAAGCGUGUGAAGGGCGGGCAGCCGGUCUCACCCCAGGACCACAACACGGAGGACGCGGACUCUGCUGCCUCCCCAAGCUCAGAAUAG